CGGCCUCCCAAAGUGCUGGGAUUACAGGCAUGAGCCAUCGUGUCCGUAAUAUGCCUUUAACCUCCAAACUGCCUUUGGUCAUUCCUGGGUUUGGGUCAAGCUAACUUUGGGAAAAUUUUAGUUUAUGGUUUAAAUGAUAAUACCCGAACCACCCUUGUAAAACUAACCACCAGGUUAGGAGGAUGAGAGGUGCCUGAACUCUGCUAAAACGUAAGCAUAGUUAAAUGACUACCAGCCGCCCUUGCUGCCACUAACAUGGAGACUUUGUACCGUGUCCCAUUCUUAGUGCUCGAAUGUCCCAACCUGAAGCUGAAGAAGCCGCCCUGGCUGCACGUGCUGUCGGCCAUGAUUGUGUAUGCUCUGAUGGUGGUGUCUUACUUCCUCGUCACUGGAGGAAUAAUUUAUGAUGUUAUUGUUGAACCUCCAAGCGUUGGCUCUAUGACUGAUGAACACGGGCAUCAGAGGCCAGUAGCUUUCUUGGCCUACGGAGUAAAUGAACAAUAUAUAAUGGAAGGACUUGCAUCCAGCUUCCUGUUUACAAUAGGAGGUUUAGGUUUCAUAUUCCUGGACCGAUGGAAUGCACCAAAUAUCCCAAAACUCAAUAGAUUUCUUCUUCUAUUCAUUGGAUUCGUUUGUGUCCUACUGAGCUUUUUCAUGGCUAGAGUAUUCAUGAGAAUGAAACUGCCGGAAUAUCUGAUGGGUUAGAGUGCCUUUGAGAAGGGCUAUCUGAUGGGUUAGAGUGUCUUUGAGAAGAACUCAAUGGAUACUGGAUUUGCUCCUGUCAAUGAAGUUUAAAGGCUGUCCAAUCCUCUAAUAUGAAAUGUGGAAAAGAAUGAAGAGCAGCAGUAAAAGAAAUACCGAGUGAAAAAACAGGAAGUGUAUUGAAGCUUGGACUAGAAUUCCUUCUUGGUAUUAAAGAGACAAGUUUAUCACAGUAUUUUUUUUCCCUGCUGACCUAUUGCUGUACCAACGAUGUUGAGUGGCAUUUUCUUCUUAGUUUUUCAUUUCUUAAAAAAAAAUGCUCCAUAUUUACAACUAUAAUAACAAACAAAGUGAUUAUUUUUUACAACCCCCUUAACACCUUUUGGAGAUGACGUUUCCGUUUUCAGAAAUUAAUGUAAAAUCAAGAAGCAAGAUUCCAUAAGCUGAGAACUCUGGACAGCUGAUCAGGUUUACCUAUGGUGCUUUGCCUUUAACUAGAGUGUGUGACGGUAGAUUAUUUCAGAUAUGUAUGUAAGACUGUUUCCUGAACAAUAAGAUGUAUGAAAGGAGCAGAAAUAAAUAAUUUUUCUAAUUAAAAAAAAAAUGACUACCAGCCAUUAUUCCAGGGGUCCCAAGAUCUGCAACUUCCCUAUUACUCCUAUAAAUGACAUCACUAUUGUAGAACCUAAGACUAGCCUUUUGAGAUGUCUUUUCAGGC